AUGAAGACCGGAAUGAUGAUAAUGUCGGUUGGCACAGUGGUCGCCCAGACCGUGCCAACCGUACACAUUCCCCUGAAUCUCCGCAACGGACCCAACCACAAGACUUCGACAGACGUGUUCAUUCCUUCACUCAACACGACACUCGAGGUAGUCUAUGACCAGGGCAGCGAAAACUUCUUCGUUUUUGGUCCUGACUCGAUUGCGAACUGGGGACGCACCUGCUUGGGCUGCCAGGGGCCGUGCAAUGCCUCGGUCCCUGCAGGAGACUACUUGAACUACCCUAGUUCCUCUACAGCAUCAAAACCAGUGCCUUUCAGCUCCUUUUACGCAUAUGGAGGCUUAGAUAAGAUAUAUCUUGGGGAGGUCGCCAUCAAUGAGACUUUCAACUUCAUCAACAACGCGGGCCAGUCCACCACGAGUCCCGACACAACAGUCGCCAUCGUAGACUACUUGCAACAGCGCCUCGGCGACGAUGGAGAUUGCAGCCCUACCCCUAUCUAUGAUCUUGGCAUUCUAGGAGUCUCGCCUUAUUAUCACAGCAAUAAUGAGACCGGCCGCAACACGACUGGCCCGUCUUUCCGCCAGGACCUGCUCGAGCGCGGACUCAUCUCUGCCCCCGUCCAGUCGCUGUGGUUCGACGAGGCCCCAUCCGAUGUGCUCGGAACCUACACUGGAGGCGGUCUGCAGGGUGGCAUUGACACUUCCAAAUAUGACGGCCCGCUUGUGAAGGUUCCCAACACCUGGACACAAGGCCGCGUCGGCUACUAUGUGCCUGGACCCAAGCUGUCCUCCAACGGCAUCCCGAUCGCCACAGGCAGCGCGAGUGGUGACGUGCCAGACUGCCUCGUCGACUCCGGCACACACAACGACGACAUUCCCGUCGCUGACGAGGCGGCGUUCUUCAACGCGACCGGCAUCCGCCGAAGCCCCGCGGGACACGUCUCAUGGCCAGGCACCUGUGACUCUAUUCCCGCUGACAAGACUGUUGACUACACCUUCGACGGAGUCAACGAGGGCGAGUCCAUUACGAUCAAGGUGCCGAUCCGCUCGUACGUGAGGUUCACCAUUGACAGUGAUACUGAGGCUGGAUACUGCUUUCUCAGCCUGGAGCCCAGUGGUUGUAUCCUUGGUUCGCCUUUCGCUACUGCUGCAUUCUUUGCGGCUGAUGAUGAGCGCGGCGAGAUUGCCUUCGCCAAGGGCGCAGUGUCCAAGGCCGGCACCGCUGUCGAUGAGGCGAGUGUCAUUGCUAGGAUCCCGUAA